GUCAUCCUUGUAUAUAUAUUUUUAUUUAUUCUUCUUAUCCUCUGUAACUUUCAAUUGCAAAAGCUCUCGCUUUUUACAGACCAAACACGGUCUCACGCGUCGAGGAUAAAGAAAGCCUCAAAUGUUCUAAAUACGGUGAAAUUAGUAGGAAAUAGGAAAAUAAAACCACAUCCACUAAACAAAGGGCUCAGAGGCUGUUUGUGGUGUGUGAACUGUGAAACUUUGAAAUUUUCAAACUGGGUCCCGAUACCGGCCCCACCAUAUAUGUAAACGCCAAGGCGGACCCCAUCAUCAUGGGGAGGAAGCAGGACCUGAACAAGGUCUUGGAUUUUGACUCUGUCCUGCUUUCAAUUCCUUUUAAUAUUAUUGCACUGUUAUUAUUAUUAUUUUAAGUAUUGCACAUAUUUAAUUUCUUGUACACCAGCAACUCAAACUCAGAACUUGUACACCAGCAAGGAUCUCUCAAUAACUCCAACCACAGACUUCCAAGGUCAACUGUACUCAACCAGAUCAAACUCCCAUUGAAUUCCACCAUGAAUCAUUUUUGUAUAAUGAGCUUGGAAACCUCAUUCUAACACCUCCGAGUCCCACUUCAAUCUAAUAUUUUCUUUCGAUUUUCAAAGCUAUUAUGAUGUUAUACUGAUUACCGAGUCCAAUCGCCAGCUUUACCCCCCAUCUCUCUGGCACGCAAACAAACAAUCAAGAGUUUCACAAGUCGAUGUUAUAUAUAUAUCAAGAUCGGCCGGAUUUCAAAGCCUUUUGCCGGUGAGAGCAAAGAAGAAGCUGCGGAAUAAAGUCAGUCAUGGAAUUGACUUGAGAAAGUAAUCUAACAGGAAGCCUUGCGAAACUUCAGAAACAGGAUAUCAGAUUCUUAAUUAAUUCAACAGCUUCCAAAGCCAAAGGCGGUCAAUUCUAUGGACUUUAGUAUUGGGCCAGAAGACGUAGCAGCAGGAAUACUGCAGGAGCUAUGGAAUGACGUAGGAUGUCAGGUAAGUAAGCUUGUUAGCGAAACAAAAGAUGUUGUAGUAGAGAAGAAGAGCUUUCAGGAAUUCUCCAGGAGUAUUUCUGAGCUUAACGUCCUUCUCAGCACCAUCGACACCAGAAAGGUUGAAGCUGCAAGGGGUUCACAACCCACGAAGGCUACGUUAGAAGCCCUGAUCACUCACCUUAAAAGGGCCUGCCAUAUUAUCCAACAUCAUAAAUCCAGAAGCCGCCUCCAGCUCUUGCUUAAUUCUCGCAAGAUGCUUCUGCAGAUGCAGGAUGUGGCCAAAGACAUUGCACAUGACAUUUCCUUCCUCCAGCUUGUCAAUCUUGAUAUUGCACUCAACUCGAAGACUAAGAUGGAGCAGAUUAUCAACAAUCUCUCACGAAUGAAGCUCAGGUCUGCAUCUGCAACCGAUUUUAUUGCUUCCGAGAUAACCAACUCCAUAUCACAGAACAGUCACAAUAGAGAGAAUGCCCAAAAGCUCCUCGAGAAGAUUGCAGAAGCCACCGGUGCUAAGAUGAGCGUGAGCAUGGUUAGAGAAGAGCUCGCACUUCUGAAGCAGGAGAAAGAGGAGCUUGAACUCCAGAAAAAGCAGGCAGAUGCACUUCAUAUAUCUCAACUGAUGCAGCUCUUGUACAGUACAGAAAUCAUUGCAAGAGAACACGAUACAGAAACCUCCACAAAUCACCACCAAUAUCAUCCUUUUGAUUCCUUCUUAUGCCCAUUAUGCAACACGAUUAUGACAGACCCUGUAGCAAUUUCGUGUGGCCACAGCUUUGAGAGGACUGCAAUUCAGGAACUUUUGAGGCAAGGAGGGAAACACUGUCCAAAAUGCAAACAGGAGAUUACAUCUUCAGAUCUCACGCCAAACCUUACGCUUCGAAGCACUAUAGAAGAAUGGAACAAGAAAGACAUGGAGCUGAAAUUCCAAGCUGCAGUCCGUGGUAUCAAAUCCAAUGACCAUGACAGAAAGAAGGAGGCCUUAGAGGACUUGCAGUAUUUGAUGGAAAAUCCUCAAUACGCGGUUAGAGUUGCAGAGGAGGGACUCACAUUAACAUUCAUAGCAAUCCUCAAAGACAAUGGGCUAGAUUAUAAAGCAGCAUUAAAAUGCCUGUACUACCUAGCUAAAUUUAAUGAUGGCCAGAAGGACGCCAUCAUUGAAGCAGGGGCUGUGCGCCGCAUUGUAAAGCUUAUUUAUAAAGGUGGAGAAGAAUCUGAUGCCAUUUCAGUCUUGUUGGAGCUGUCAAAGAAAGAAAUCCUAAGAGAGAAAAUUGGAAACGCAAAAGAUUGCAUUCAACUUUUGGUAUCUUUACUCCAAAAAAACAACCCUGAUGUUUCGGAGAAGGCUCAACAUGUGUUGCAGAACCUUUCAUCCAACACCCAUUUUGUUGUAAAGAUGGCUGAAGCAGGGCACUUCCAACCAUUUGUUAGUCGCUUCAACCAAGGACCCCAAGAGACCAGAGCAUUGAUGGCUGCAGCCUUGAUAAAGAUGCAACUCAAGGAGAAUAGCAUCAAGGACUUAAAAGACAGGCAAUUUAUACACAACUUAAUCCAAAUGCUGUCCUCAAGCUUCCCAGCAUCCAAAUCUGCUUGUCUCAAAUCAAUCAAGAAGCUUCUAGCAUACCCCAGGAUGGUUAAGCGGCUACUGGAAGUCUGCGACACUAUACCACAUAUGCUCAGUGUCAUCUCAUAUGUCGGGUCUGAUCCCUACCUGAAACAAGAAACUGCAGAGACUCUAGCACUACUGAUUGGAGCCAGUAAGCACCUGGAAUUCCAGAAAUAUCAAGGCUUGCAGGAGCUGCAGUCAGAACACAAUGUCAGUCUCCUUCUGCAGUAUGUAGCCAAUGAUGACGAUGAAACCAAGAUUCAGUUUAUGCACCUGCUCGUUGAACUAAGCUGUAGAUCAGAGACAGCUCGAGAUAUAAUACGAAAUGACAAUGAUGCUAUUACUCACCUCUUCUCUUCCCUUCGUAGUGACAAGCCCAGUGUGAGGCGGUGGGCAAUGAAGCUCAUAUACUGCAUUUCUGAAGGACAUCCUGGAGGGGUGCCAGUACCACAUUCCUCAGCAAAAGAAACUGCCAUUAAUACCCUGGCAGAAAUCCUCACUUCCUCUCCAGACAUUGAAGAAAGGUCCAUUGCUGCAGGAAUUAUCAGCCAGCUUCCAAGUGAUGAUGCUAUUAUUGAUGAGAUACUACACAAAUCAGAAGCACUAAAAGCCAUACACGAGGUCAUAUGCAGCAUGGAUGAGGAAAAUAGCGGGAAUAUGGUACCUGUCAGCACUGGAAGUUCACUAUUGGAAAAUGCUCUUGCAGCACUUUUGCGGUACACAGAACCCACCAAGCCAGAACUGCAGAGGCAAUUGAGUAAGCUUGAACUUUACCCAUCAUUAGUUCGUGUUCUAUCUAGGGGAACCUCACUAGCCAAGCAGAGGACGGCCAUUUUGCUUGCGCAACUAUCUCGAUCCAACAGCCACUUUGUCUCUGACAGUAGUACCAUGGCAAAGCAAGCCAAGUACUCACUGUCCUUCCAUCUCAUGAAAUGGUGCUGGUCAGCAUCAUCAGAGGAUAGAGGUUCAUGUCCAGUUCAUGGUGAUGCCUGUUCACCAAGGGACACGUUCUGCCUAGUAAAGGCAGAUGCAGUUAAGCCACUAGUGAGAAGUUUGAGUGAGACGGAGUCUGGUGUGGCAGAGGCCGCAAUAAUGGCACUUGAGACAUUGCUAACAGACCAUAGCACACUAUCAAAUGCAGCUGCAGCCAUUGUGGAAAGCCAGGGCUUGGUGGCUAUUCUACAGGUCUUGGAGAAGGGGACACUUUCCGCCAAAACCAAAGCCUUGGAUCUCUUCCAAAAGAUCCUUACACAUUCAAAAAUCAGCGAUCCAAUAUUUAAUAGAUCUGAGAGAAUCCUCAUCCAACUUCUACAGGAUGAUGAACUCAGGAAAAAGGCAGCUUUGGUGCUCAGGCAGAUGAAUGUCAUCCCGGAUCAGUCUUCCUACUUCUGACGUGACUCAUCGUUGUAAGCAUUCAGAAAACACCACUACCUUCUUGCAGAGAUUUGAAAUCAGUUCACUAGCAACUGGCAAUGCAAAAACAUCCAGCUCUUGCAGCUCAAUUGCCUUAAUAUUCCAUCUAUACGUGCUUUUGUUUUAUCCACAAGUAAUUAUUUCCAUUAUUUUACCAAAAAACAAAAAAGUAAUUAUUUCCAUUAGCACGUGACAUGUAAAUUGACCAAUUUUGUUGUUUUAAAAUAUAAAGGAAAAAAAUAAAAAAUAAUUAAUUGUUCACUUAUGUA